UGUUUUGCUGUGAAGGAUCUGGCGUCGAGCGACCAUUAAAGGACUAAACAGCUUUUUCUCCUGCACUCGCUCGAAAGGACCAUGCAGAGUAGCUGUCAACUGCUACUUGUGGCAGCGUAAGAAAUGAGGAGAUUUCCUUUUGCAUUCAUGAGCCACAUGGAGAAGCGGGGAUGAGGAGCAUGCACACUACAGCCUGACAAGUGAAACAGAGCAGAGGCUGGCUUCAAUGAGGAAACAAGGCGAUGAGGUCUCUGGCCUUGUUUUUAUGCCAAGUUUUGGCAAUGGAGGAAGAGAUUAAAAUAAAAAAUUCAUCAAAUUUCUGUGAUCCCCAAAGUCGAGGCCUCAAUAAGAAACAAACUGGGAUGAUGAUUUAGAUUUGCAGUCAUCUAGACCUUGUAUUGUAUCUUCUCCAUUGUUUACCGGAUUGCAUCAGACUUGAACGUAUAAUUGUAUAUUUAAUUAGGAUCGCUCAGCAACCAGUUUUAAGGACAGCGACACCUGUACCCUUCUCCGACACAUAUCACUAGUGAUCCUCUGCCACUCUUUCUCUAUGCGCCUUUAAUUGUCCAGAAACUUUUUAGGAAAAUAUAUCAGUCGCCAUUACAUUCGCAUCAAGCAGAGAAGGAAUUAUUCAUGAUUGAAGAAGGCGAACGAGUUUUGCCUAUAAAGCUCUGCUCCCCUUCUGUUCUCAUCCAAAAAAAUCCAACUUUUACCUUCAAUUGCUAUUGCUAUUGCUAUUGCUUGAGAAAGAAUGGAGUCUGAUAUCGAUAACCAGCUCAUGAACUCAGAAGAGCUGCAGUGCUCGUCCUCUAUAUCGAACCUCUUAGUUGCCGAGGCCGACCACAUAACAUCUGUCAUGAUCGGAGCUAUCGAUCUUUGCGCCCGGCGAGAGGCUGUUACACUAGUACUAAAGGUGCAGUCUCAUUGCGAUCUGAAACCCUCCGUCGCUUGCCUUGCAGUAAGCUACAUAGAUCGGUACCUCUCCAAGCGCACAAUCCCGAGAGACAAGCCGUGGAUCGUUCGUCUCCUCGCUAUUUCCUGCCUCUUCCUAGCGUCGAAGAUGCAGAUGACUAUCAUCGCCAUCGAAGAUCUUCAGAGAAAUGAAGAAUUUGUGUUUGAUUUACGCACCAUCCAAAGAAUGGAGCUUCUGGUGCUCGGAGCGCUCUAUUGGAGGAUGCAAUCGAUCACCCCAUUCUCCUUCCUUCCACUGUUCCUCUCUUUCUUCUCGCAGCUCCAACCCUCUCUCCUCCAGGCUCUCCAAAGCCAUGCCACAGAUAUCCUUCUCAAAGCCCUAAACGAUAUUAAAAUACUGGAGUUCAAACCAUCGGUGGUGGCUGCGUCAGCGCUGGCCUCUGCUGCUUUCCAGUUCUUCCCCGUUCAAUCCCUGUCAUUCCAAGCAGCUCUUGCCUCCAGCAAUUUUGUGGAUAAAGAAAACCUGAGGGACUGUAGCAACGCCAUGGCAGUUACCGCGACGUUGACAUCGAGCCCGGAGAUGCCCAUGACAGCACAACCGUCUCAGCAACGACAGCCUAUCGAGCACCCUGAGUAUGCGACCCAAGAAUAA